AUGUUCAUUCCUCAAAUUGAUGAGCACAUUGCAACGGCACAAGUGAUUGAAGCGUUAUUUCCUUCGGAUGAUCUUGUUCAGGCAACUAGGAGAGUGUUGAAUCAAAUUUCUAUUGCUGAUGAUGAAGAGAAAUCUAUGAUGUUAUUUGAGCCUUGGCAAGUGCGAAUUAAUGAAAAAAAAGUCAAUAAGCAAGGAACUGUAUUAUGGUCCACAGAAUUAACGAAACCAAAUGGAUUAUGUAUUGGAAAAGGUGAAAUUUAUGUUUCUGAUCGACAUCGGAUUUGUGUACUAUCGAGCUCAGAUGGUACCAUUCUAAGAUAUUUAGGCAAAUUUGGAAAAGGAGAGAGUGAAUUCUCUCUUCCUCAUGAUUUGGCACUCGAUGAAAAGGAUAACUUGAUCGUAUGUGACACUUUGAAUCACAGAAUACAGAUAAUAUCCAACCUGAAUGGAUCCAUGUUGUUUAAAUUUGGAAGUUUAGGGGAUACAAAAGGAUGUUUAUCCUCUCCUAAGGGAGUGGUGUAUGACAAGAAACAAGCUCUAUUCGUAGUCUCAGAUAGUGGAAAUAAUAGAAUAUGCAUUUUUGACCGUUUUGGUCAUUGUUUGAAGAGUUUCAAGAGUCGAGAUGAUGACUCUUCUAACAUGAAGCCUAUUGGAAUUUGUAUAAGUCAUCAAUUACAAGAAUUAAUAGUUUCUGAUUUUGGAAACUUUAGAAUCUUGAUAUUCAAAAAUUGGAAAAAGAGGUCUCACGAAAUGCAACAAAACCUCUUUUAUCACUCCAAUAAUUUUAAUGACAUUUCCAUCGUGUUCAGGUGGAAUGUUGAAAUUUGA